GCGCAGUUCGGACCUAUUCCCAGGGACGCAGGUCGUCGGUUAGUGACAGUGAAGCUGCAUUAAUACAGUAGCUCUGCUGCCGCUGCUUCCUUUGCUAGCUCCUUCUGUGCAACUUUAGUACUCCGAAAUCGCUUUUCAGGGUUUUUAUUGCGUUUCAGAUGAACAAGUAACGGCGCUGGUCAAGCCCAUGACCCAGCAGGAGCAGAAUGAGUUCAGGGAGAGUUGGGAGGACGCUCACGCCUGGAUGCAGGCCGUCCAGGAAAGACUUAAGCUCAACGACAACACCGAAGGUCCCCGAGCGGCUCUGGAGGCCCGACUGAGAGAGACGGAGAAAAUCCACGAGUCGGAGCAGGAGGGCCGGAUGAAAAUGGACGUGGUGCUGGUGGCCGCGGACGCGCUCCUCAAGAACGGAGACGAGGAGCUGAAGAACCAGACGCACUCCAAACUUAAAGAGCUAAAGACUCUGUGGGAGGAGACGUCCACCUACAUCGUCCACUGCCACAGCCGUAUAGAGUGGGUGUGGCUGCACUGGAGUGAGUACCUGAAGGCCCACGAGGAGUUCAGGAUGUGGCUGGUGAAGGUGCAGCGUGUGGUGGAGCCUGAUCUGGAGCUGCAGCUGGGUCUGAGGGAGAAGCUGUGGCAGGUGGAGCAUCACCGCGUGAUCUGCAGCGACGUGAAGGCCCAGGAUCCGCUGCUAGAGCGCCUGCUGGACGAGGCGUCCGCGCUUUAUAACCGCACCCAGGACCCCAGCGUGGACGAGCAGGCCCAGAACACACUGCACGAGGAAUACGACAACGUCCGCACCAGGGCGGAGGAGAGGCUCCGUCUGGUGCAGAAGGUCGCAGAGGACGACGAGCAGCACCAGAGGCGCGUUCGCGAUUUCCAAACGUGGUUGGUGUCGAAAACAGAAGAAGUGAGUCGUUUCACAGAGAUCGAGGACGUUUCGGAGAAUCGACUGCAAGCCCUGCAGGUCCUGGAUGCCAGCGUGGCGGGCGAAGAAGAGACAUUACUGUACAUCGAAGGCCAGGCCGAGGCCGUGAAGGCCAACACGUCACCUGCGGGAGCCGAGCUAAUCACGGAGGAGGUGGGAGAGCUGCGGCUGGCAUGGCAGGGGCUGCGGCAGGCGCUGGUGGAGAUCCGCGCCGAGCUGGAGGGCUCCAGGGACACCCAGAGAGAGUACUACACCCGGCGAGAGGAGCUGGCAGCGGGCAUCGAGCAGCUCCGAGCCCUCGUGCGCAGAAUGAGCCAGCAGCUGGAGAAUAAAGAUGGAGAGAGGAGCGAGGAGAACAUGGUGGCUCAGUGGAAGAGCUGUACAGAUGCGAGGACGGUCCUCUCGGCCGAGGAGCCUCAGGUCGAGCAGCUCAAAGCUCAGCUGAAGGAGUUAUACCGCUUCCCGUAUGAUUCCCGAGAACUUGCUGAUGAAUUACUGACUGCGGUGAAAGAGUACCAGAGCGUGAAAGGACGCACGUUCCGGCUCUGCUCGGAGAGCGAGACAGCUCUGAAGCAGCUCCUACAGGACCCCCUGCAUGCCUUUAGUCCGUGGAGCCAGCAGGCGUCUCAGACGCUCGACACCUCGACCGAAGUCACUGACUUCUCCCACAUCGCUGUGCUCGUGCAGAACAUCGAGAAGCUGCUGAAAGACAGCGUGCUGCUGCAGGAGAGGCUGAGCUCGCUGCAGGUGAAAGCUGACCUGCUGAGCGCCGUGUUUGGCGAGGAGAAAGCCCAGAGCCUGCUGGAGGAGCUCGGUACAGACAUGAGGAAGAGAGAGCAGCUUCACAGCCAACUUCUGCAGAGGAGAACUCGACUGCAGGAAUUAAUAUCGACGACAAAGAACUUCGGUGACGCUCACGACUCUAUUCAUCAGAAGCUCGUGUCUAUAGGCGACAGGUUUCGCGCUUCAGGCGGACUUCAACCGGAUAUUCUCGCUAAAAAGAGCCAGGCCGACCAACUUAAGGUCAUUAAGAAAGAACUGGAAGACUGCGAGGCUCACAUCACCGCUCUGGAGACGCUCGUCUCGUCCAGCCCGGCUAACAGGACCAAGUUUAGGCGUCUCUAUUCCGACUGGAAGCAGCUCUAUAAAGCUGUCCGGACGAAGGUGGACGAAAGUGAGGCGGGUAUUUUGCUGCACGAGAGCUUCCAUGAGGGUCUGCUGAACGUGGAGAAAUGGCUGAUGAUCAUGAGGCAGAAGCUGGAGUCGUUCCGAGGACCGAACGGAGAGUGGAGCGUGGUGAACCGACAGCAUGAAGCAGAGAGGGCGCUGGGCGAGUUUCCAGCAAGGGAGCUGCAGCUGCACAGGACCGAAGCGCAGGGUCAAGCCGUGCUGCUGAAAACCUCCGAGGACGGCAAAGUUCACAUUCAGCGUGACCUCAGGCGCCUGCGUGAGUCCUGGAUGUCUCUCCACGCGCUCAGUCUGAACCUGUACAGACUCGUGAGUGGACGCGUGUCGGAGCUCGGUGCUUCAGGAGAACUCGACUCUUCAGUACACCCGCACCGUGCAGACGACUUCCUGGAGGGAAGCGGCGGAUCCACAAUCCGAGUCGGAGCAGACGGCCGCUCGGGAUUCGAGGACGACCUUCGGAUUUCUCCGGGCUCGCGGUCGGCCAGAGGUCCAGGAGGAUUCGGGGCUUUCGCCAAACAUGGGAGAUCCGUAACCAAACACGACGAUGCGUCUCAAACCGAGGACGGAGAGUUCAGUCCUCCGGACGGAAUCCUAUCUCCUGAUCCGACGCCGUCCGAGAACGUCCACGCAGUCUGGAGAGACGAAACGAGAGGCCGUUCCGCAGCCGACGAAGCGGACUCGAUCGCCAUUGCACGAGGAUUUCCGAGAGACGGAGGACACGCCCACGGGGCAGGAGCGGUCGGGAGAAGUGGAUCCGGGAAUCGAGGGAGAACAAGGGAAUGGGUUGAAGACCACUCGUCCGGAGUGGAAGACGUCGCGGUGCCGAGCGAAAGCCGGAGUGCAAGCGAUCCGAAACCCUCGCAUACAGAUGUUCGACCAAAACAGCUGUCUGUGUUUAUGCACGUCGCGGACGCUUCAGCUCACGGCUCCGGAGACGUCACUCAGGUGAGAGAGCGCAGACCCGACUGGAAAUCGCGCAGGAGAGAGUUUGACGCCUGGCUGCGUAAAGAGAACGAGAAACUCGCAGGGAUUACAAACGACCAAAGAGCGACGAGUACCAAAGGACUGAAGAGACGACGGAACGCACUCAAGGGUCUGCGUUCCGCCAUUCCGUGGGGUCAGGCUCAGUUCCAGCAGCUACUGCGCUCCUGGCAGACUGAAGCACAGACCGAGGACGUGGAACUGGAGGAGCUUCGCUACAGAUGGAUGCUUUAUAAAUCCAAACUGAAGGACGCUGAAAGUGUUAAAGCUCAGCUCAAACUCCAGGAUGAAGGAGUCCAGCAGGAGGAGCUCGUUCGAUCCAGAAAGCAGGAGAGCUGCUGUGGGUUCCUGUGCCGUGUGUGUCGUGUGGCUCUUCCUCUGCAGCUGCUGCUCCUCGCGCUGCUGCUCUUCGCCUUCCUCCUGCCCAUGAUGGACGAGGGCACGAGCUGCUCCAUGUCCAACAACUUCGCCCGCUCCUUCAACAUCAUGCUGCGCUACCAUGGCCGUCCGCCCACCUAAACACACACACACACACACACACACACACACACACACACAUACACACACCUAUAAGCAUCUAUACACGCACAUAUAUACAGACACAGAGCUAACCAUGUACACACACAUACCCCUACACACAUUCUCAUGGCUAUACUCGCACACACCUACACACACAUUCACAAAACUAUUUACCCCUGCACACACAUCUAUACACACAGUUAUUCAUACAUGAGCACAGCUAUAAUGCACAGGCACCUCACGUACACGUAUAUACACGUAUACACACGUAGGAACACACCUAAACACCCUGACACAGUUGUCUGCCCCAUCAGCAUCAUACUGCCUGGUCCUCUGCACACCUAAUCACACACACACACACACAGACGUGCGCGCACACAUACUUCUAUGCACACAGCUCCUUCAACAUCAGUCUCCGUCCACCUAAACACACCCCCACACACACCUACAUACAUCUAUGCACACUUAUCCAUAUUUAUCCAACAUCAAGCUCCGUCCAGCUGAACACACAGUCACACAACACCCACGCACACCUACACACACACACACACACACACACACACACACACACACGCGCGCACACUCCAACACGCUUUUUUUUUCCCCUGCUCUGAGUCGCAUCCAAAAUAUCACCAAAAUAUCUGUGGAAUGUAUACCAUAUGUACUACUAUUAUACUUUAAUAUUAUUAUUAUUAUUAUUAUUAUUAUUAUUAUUAAUACGUAUAUUAUGUAAUAUGAACGUGUUAACUUAUUCCUUUUCCAAAGAGCAAAAAAAAAAAUGUAUCAAAAAACAAGAAGCUGCAGAGAUGCACUGCAGGAAUCCGAGAUCAGUUACUGUAGCAUCAUAUUUCACACUCGGCUGGGCCCAGCAGAACCGUGUAUGCGAGUGUGUGCGUGUGUGUGUGCGUGUGUGUGUGUGGGAGGCUGGCUUUGACGCUGGCAACCUGUUCCUCACGACUCGAGCUGUCGCGCUGACUUAUUUUAUUACCGAGGAAGCAGAGUCGAGUAGCUCUUACGAGUGCCGAGACGUUUCUGAUCCGGCGUCUCGGUACACUGCGCUGUAGAAGAGUUCUAGCACGCGUGUGUUUCAAUAUUCUAUUUUAACAUGCCUUUAUUGACUUCCCGUUAUGACUCGAGAGCGCAACUCGUACGUCACACGAGAGGCCGCUAGGGACGGGCGAUAUGACGAAAAUAUCAUAUCGCAAUACUUGAAAACAUUUCUUGGAUUCAAGAUGUUUACAUUGAUUAACAAAGUGCGAUGUAUACACAGGGAGGAGAAGAAAAAAUAACCCCGCGAUAUCUUGCAAAUCUAGCAUGGUACGCAUAUGAUACGGUCAUAUAAAACAGCCCCUAGUGGCCACUUUCUGAACAAGUAUGCAACAAAAUUGGGUUACAAUCAAAUUAAAAUAGCAGCACACUUUACCUCGGCACUAAGCGUUCAGUUAAAUAUGUGAAUUUCAUUCCGCUGGUUUGCUACCUAAAGCCCGUGUGAAGGAAUCGGUUUAAAAUGAAGUAUUCUGUUGCUCUGGUUUACACUUCAACACGCCGUAUUUGUCAAUUAAAUUGCGUCAGAUCGCACUAAUUUCUGAGCAAGUCUGCGUUCAUGUCGAUUCGACUGUUUGACGCGUCUAGAUAUCAGCUAGCAAAUUAUACGCAAGUUAUUACAGUAACAGGAGCUAAACUUAAGAUGGCGUCUGGGAUUUCCUCAAGCGGAAGCUGAUGAGGUAAUGUUAAAAAAAAAAAAAACGUUACGGAAACAUCCAUCUGACCGUAAAACGUUUGGUUAGCCAUCGACUAAAAAAAAGCUUUGUUUAAAAAAAAUAAAUACAUAAAGUGUCAGUAAUGUGUAAAUCAGUAGCAGACGAGCCAAAGAUCGACGUUCACUAUGCAUUAUUUACAAGAAAGUUGCUACGUUGUUUUUUUGUUUUUUUUUAUUUGUAGCUAAGAAUUUUAGCGUAUACGUUUUUACGAAACCGCUAGGUUAACUUAAAAGGAUCUUUUUGCUUGUGAUUCAACUAAAGAAAAGAUUUGUAUAUACAUAUCGUACAAGCUACAUAUAAUGAAAUAACCUAAAAUUUGACAUUUUAAAAUAUGAUCUUCGAUGAAUUGGUCAAGUCAGCUAGCGAAUUUCCCGUAGCGGUGAACGCGGUUCGUAAUCCGGACGUCAUCUUAAAACAAUUUUUUUUUAAAAAAAAACUACAACCAAAUACCACGCUAGCUAUCGAAGUUAUCUUAUUAGCUUAUGGAAUACGUUUUAUUUCACAAAAAGUAGCUAGCUAGUUUGCUAGCUUAUCUCAUACCGAUAUUAGCGAUGAUGUAGCUAGCAUCGUCCAUCGUCCUCCCAUCAACGCAACACCAACUCGCUUAUUCGAUACGACGCUAGUGCGAGUUUCGAAAUCUUUUAUUAUUAUUUAAAUGUUUUUAAUUGAUUUCUUUCCGGCACAUGAGAAGAAGAAUGUCUGCGUUUGAAAGUCAGUAUGCACGUGCGUUUACAUUCAGCCGGUUUCUUUUCGUGAGCUGUUCUGAAGGGUCCAGCCUGUGGAGUGAAAAAUGGUCCAGCAUGACGAGUAUGUCCUCGCUUUAAAACGUUCUCUUCUUUUUCUUUUUUCUUUUCUUUUACCCCCGGGUCCUGCGUUUUUAAUUUAUUUAUUUUUCCUCUGGCGUGCUCUUCUCAGCGGGCCGACCGUUGCUACAGCAACCGGGACCAAAUUUAGUUGCUCUAUUAGGAUCCCACCAUAAAGGUCUAUUGUUAGAGCAGCUGUCUGAGAGAUUAUUAGGACGGUUCUGUAUAACUCGGAGUAUACGGCUUCUCUUAUGCAGAACGACGGGGGGCCGGCCCGAGCCUGCCGGAGCGCGUGCGCGUGGGUACAGUGCGUGCGUGUCCUUUAAGGAGAACUACAGGAAGCUCAGGUGGAUUUUGUAUUCGAAAGCAGUGUUAAACAUGUCGGAAUAUUUCUGUCAUGCCUCAGAAAAACAAGACGACUUUAUUUACGCGUUCUUUUAAACUAUGUUAUGCAACAACGACGAAAAGAAAGCACAUGCUCAUGAAGAAUCUUUAAAGUCACCCAAAACUUUCUAUAUUCAGAAAUCUUUUUUCGGCGGCAUCGAGUUUCGCGGAACUGACACCAUUCAACGCGUCACCGUGAAGAAUGACGGCGAGCGAUCGAAUCGCGCGGCCGAAUCGAGCGAAGAUGGCAGUCACGGAUACCGAGUUGAAUUUUUAGGUGACAUAAAGUGAGCGCGCCCCAAAAGCACGCGAGAUGGAGAGGAGGGGGCGGGGCUUUCGGGCGGUGUAGGUUAUUAUCGGAGGUUUCACAACUCGUACACAGCCGUCAUCGAUUUCAGAUUUCUUCAUGGUUCCUCUGAUCGUCCCUAUUUUACAUCGGAGGAGAAAAAGACGGCCCUUUUGGCAGAGUUAAAACUCCGCAGGUCGUAAACGGUGGCAUUCCGGCGCGGAGACGCGUAAAAGUCGGCAGGUCCGUAAUCUAACGCGUGUAUGAUUGGAGUCAACGUCACUGGCAGUAUAAAAUCGAUUCGAUCGCUAGAUCGGCCCAGUGACAUCGGGAAAGUCCGGUCAAACACAACGUGCCCGUGUUAAUCAGAUCCAUUCAGAGCCGAAGAGGACGCGAGUUCCAAUAUUUACACCCGGAGGAAGAUUUCAGUAACGUAUCGUAGGGUAACUUCGGCUAAUUCGAGUGGAUUUUUAAUCACGGAUCGCGUUAACAUUCAAUACAAGUGACUAGUCCUAGGUUUAACGCCACUGGAUGUUCAUUAACGCAGUACGUAAUGGUAAUUAAAGGAACCUCGACGAUAAGGUGUCAGUUCACUUAAAUAUAUGAACACCCCCAGCUGUAUAAGCUCCGCCCCUUUUGCCCGGUAAACCAGUGUUACACCGCCUGCGUUUGAACAUAAUAGGCUGUUACGUUGUACGAUGCGAUAACACUCUCCUGUCGCGUGGUAUCAGGACCGAUUUUUCUAAUAAGAUAUCCAUCUCCUGUCUUUCUUAAAGAGCAACACCAACGACCUGUAUUCCUAUUUUGUGUUAACGGCUGCUGAAAAUCUUUCAAUUGUAGAACGAGAGAGAGAAUAAAUGGGAUUAUUACGUGUACAUAACUUGAUAUGUUAUGGGGAAAACUCUCAUUUGGUUUCUUUUAGUAGCAUCAUGAACCGUAGUGACGUUAUCAGGGUUUCACGUUAAACCGAGUAGCGGAGUAGCACCGACGAACGCCACGUUAUUUGUUUACGAUAUUCAGCGCUGUCGGACGCUCGAUCCUGAUUGGUCAGAAGGUGUAGAUGAAUUUUUCUAGCCGCAAGGUUUGUUAUUGCGUUUCUUCUAAUACGUUAUCGUUUUGCCGUAACGUGACGUCCUACUACGACAACUUACCCAGGCGGACGCUUUGCAGAAACGGAUAUUUAAAAACUCGCGUAUUCGCAUCGAUGGAAGGAGUCUCCGGUUUUAGCGUGUUUUUUUUUUUUUUUUUUUUUUUUAGCGUAGUCGGACGUAAAGUCGUAAUUUUACGUUUUAAAACACAGGAAAGUCUUUGCAGUUUCUCUGUAGCAUGACGAGUAAGGCAAAGCUAGCUAGUGCUACGUAGUGCAUAGGGACUGGCAGUGACCAAAAUAAAGUUUAAAAUUAUUUUGUUUUGUUUUAUAUUUUUCAGUCAUUUCAUUGGUGUUGCUCUUUUAAAAAUGCAGAAAAGCCCCAGCGCCGAUUCUAAUCGCACACACGCUUUAACUUUAAAGUUCAGGGUGACUUUAACGUAGAACUUUGUUAAUACUUGAUACCUGUGUAACCGAAACCUCAGUACAGUCGACUGCACUUAAUCAGCUGUAACGUGUUCUAGAACCGAAAUGUAGAAGUUUUGCGUAUCCGUGCGCUCCUUUACGUUGCUCAUCUUUUCCCGAACCCUGUAGGAGUCCUGUAUGGCGGAUGUGUACUCGGACGCGAUACCGUGCUCAUCUAUAACACUGUGCGAGAAAAUAUUUUCAAAACGGAGUCAGUUAUGCAAAUCGUCUGAGGAUUUCUAUUUUCUUUUCGCGUAGAGGCUUUCGAUGUUAAACGUGUGCUAAGUUAAGAAGAAAAACCGUAUGUCCUAUUAAAAUGACAAGGUUCAUGCUAUUUUCAUACGAUAUUUUGAACUGUGUAACAUGCUCUAUUACAACUUAAAGCUGAUAGACUGUAUUUAACCAAUAUUUUUGUAUUUCAUCCAUGGCAAUAAAUAUGUAACAUGUA